UGAGGAGCUACACAGGAAGGCUGUGUUUCCUUAAACCUGCGUUUCCCCUACUCCAAGAGCAAAGCCCUGGAAUCCCAAGUCUCUUUGAUAGGGCUGCCCAGUAUGGAUCAGGCCUACAAAGACAGGGCGGGAAGAAAGAUGGGACGUAUUGGUCUCCGGUGGUGGUAGAGGGCUAGUUUUGUGUUGGAUUACUGGAACUGACGCGGCCGCACCAUGGAGCUUUCUCCCGUGCGGUGGAGUCGGGCUAGUGUCAUCAGCUUCAUCAAGGGCCUCGCAUCCCCUGUAGGAAAGCACCCACUCCCCCAAGUGAGCAGUGCUCCAGGCGAGAGGAAAGGUCCUGUUGCCACAAUGCCUGUUACCGUGGACCCCGAGAGCAAACCGGGCGAGUAUGUCCUCAAAAGCUUGUUCGCCAACUUCACCACCCUGUCUGAACGUAAAAUGCGCAUCAUCAUGGCAGAACCACUGGAAAAGCCCCUCACCAAAUCUCUACAAAGAGGAGAGGACCCACAGUUUGAUCAGCUGAUCAGCACUAUGAGCUCUCUUGCCGAGUACUGUCUUCCCUCCAUCCUGAGGACGCUGUUUGACUGGUAUAAAAGACAGAACGGUUUGGAAGACGAGUCUCACGAGUACCGCCCACGCGCAAACACCAAGUCCAAAAAUGAUGAACAGCAGAAAGAUUAUCUGAUGGAAAGGAGGGAUUUAGCAAUAGAUUUCAUUUUCUCACUGGUGCUUAUUGAGGUUUUAAAACAGAUCCCUCUCCACCCUCUUCUGGAUGGCCUCAUUCAGGAAGUCAUUAACCUGGCAUUCAAACACUUCAAGUACAAAGAGGGGUAUCUUGGGCCCAAUACUACCAACAUGCACAUAGUGGCUGAUCUGUAUGCAGAGGUGGUCGGUGUUGUCGCCCAAUCCAGGUUUCCAGCAGUGAGGAAGAAGUUUAUCUCAGAGUUGAAGGAGCUCAGACAGAAAGAACAGAGCCCGUAUAUGGUCCAGAGCACCAUCAGCCUCAUUAUGGGCGUCAAAUUCUUCAGAAUUAAGAUGUACCCGGUGGAAGAUUUUGAAGCCUCCUUCCAAUUUAUGCAGGAGUGUGCCCAAUACUUCUUGGAGGUAAAAGAUAAGGAUAUUAAACACUCUCUGGCUGGACUCUUUGUAGAGAUACUUGUCCCUGUAGCUGCAACUGUGAAGAAUGAGGUGAAUGUGCCCUGUUUAAGGAACUUCGUGGACUCCCUCUACGACACAACUUUAGACCUGUCCUCUAGAAAGAAACAUUCUCUGGCUCUGUAUCCUUUGGUUACAUGUUUGCUGUGCGUGAGUCAGAAGCAAGUCUUUCUCAACAGAUGGCACGUGUUCCUCAACAACUGCUUGUCCAACCUCAAAAAUAAAGACCAUAAAAUGGCUCGGGUGGCACUGGAAUCUCUUUAUCGACUGCUAUGGGUCUACAUGAUCCGAAUCAAGUGUGAAAGCAACACUGCAACACAAAGUCGCCUUACCUCCAUUAUAUCGACGCUAUUCCCUAAGGGUUCACGCAGUGUUGUUCCCCGAGACAUGCCCCUGAACAUCUUUGUCAAAAUUAUUCAGUUUAUUGGACAGGAAAGACUAGAUUUUGCAAUGAAGGAGAUCAUCUGUGAUCUACUUAGUGUUGGAAAAUCACACAAAGCUUUCAGUCUAAACCCAGAGAGAAUGAACAUUGCUCUGAGAGCAUUUCUCGUCAUAGCCGAUAACCUGCAGCAGAAAGAUGGUGAACCACCCAUGCCAAACACAGGGGCCACUUUACCCUCUGGAAACACACUUAAGAAGAAAAAGACCUACCUCAGCAAAACUCUCACUGAGGAGGAGGCGAAGCUAAUAGGUAUGGCACUGUAUUACUCCCAGGUCAGGAAAGCCAUUGAUAACAUCCUGAGACACCUGGAUAAGGAGGUGGGCCGUUGCAUGAUGCUCACUAAUGCCCAAAUGCUCAACAAGGAGCCAGAGGACAUGAUCACCGGUGAGAGAAAACCGAAGAUCGACCUGUUCCGGACAUGUGUUGCGGCCAUCCCCCGUAUCCUGCCAGAUGGCUUGUCCAAAAUUGAGCUCAUUGAUCUCUUGGCAAGACUGACAGUCCACAUGGAUGAUGAGCUCAGACUCAUUGCCCAGAAUUCACUACAGAGUCUGCUGUUGGACUUCUCUGAUUGGCGGGAAGACGUUCUGUUUGGGUACACAAACUUCCUGCUCCGUGAAGUGCAGGAGACACAGCAGGGCCUGCAGGACUCCUCAGUUAAACUGCUGCUGCAUUUCCUUUCUCAGUGGAGGCUAGCAAUCCAGGCACCCGGAAAACGCUCUGCAGAGAUGGGAGGUCAAAGUAGUGGGUGCUCCAGGCUGCCAGCAGAGCGUGGUCCUCACUCUACAGUACUGCACGCUGUGGAGGGUCUGGCCCUGCUGCUGCUCUGCUCCUGCCAGACCAGCACCCGCAAACUGGCAGUGUCCAUCCUUAGAGAGAUACGCUUGCUGUUCACAACAAUCGGACAAGCUGAGGAUGACGAUAAGCCAAUGAUAGAGGUUAUGGACCAAUUGGCCCCCAGCGUGCUGGACAGUUUUGUUCAUGUGGCUGUUUCUGACUCUGCCACCCUGCCCAUGAGUCAUAACGUGGACCUGCAGUGGCUGGUGGAGUGGAAUGCCCGACUUGUUAACAGCCACUACGAUGUAAAGAGUCCCUCUCACGUGUGGAUCUUUGCCCAGUCGGUGAAGGACCCGUGGGUGCUGUGCCUGUAUAGCUUCCUUAGGCCUGAGCACCUCCCAAAGCACUGCUCCACGGCACUCAGCUAUGCCUGGCCCUAUGCCUUCACACGCCUACAGCUGCUCAUGCCACUCGUUGACCCAAACAGUCCAGUUUAUGCCAAAAAGACCAGUACUCCAGGUCCAGCUGAUGGCUAUGUGACGUUAUGGAGAAAUUACCUGAUACUGUGCCUCGGUGUUGCCAAACCCAGCAUCAUGAGUCCGGGUCACCUGAGAGCCUCUACGCCUGAGAUCAUGGCUACCACACCUGAUGGUAGCGUCACUUAUGACAAUAAGGUGAUAGGUACACCCUCAGUGGCUUGGCUCCUAAAGCAGCUGGUUCCUCUCAUGAGAUCUGAGAGUUUAGAGAUCACUGAGUCUCUGGUGCUCGGCUUUGGACGAACAAAUUCCCUUGUGUUUAGGGAGUUGGUGGAAGAGCUUCAUCCACUAAUGAAAGAAGCUCUGGAGAGAAGGCCUGAGAAUAAGAAGCGUAGAGAGCGGAGAGAUCUGCUCCGACUGCAGCUGCUGCGUAUCUUUGAGCUAUUGGCUGACUCGGGGGUCAUCAGUGACAGUACUAAUGGGGCAUUGGAGAGAGAUUCUCUGGCUCUAGGAGCCCUCUUCCUGGAGUAUGUGGAUCUGACUCGAAUGCUCUUAGAAGCAGAGAAUGACAAAGAGCUGGACAUUUUAAAAGACAUGAGAGCUCAUUUCAGUGGAAUGGUGGCCAACCUCAUCCAGUGUGUACCAGUCCACAACAGGCGGUUACUGUUCCCCCAGCAGAGCCUGAGGCAUCACCUCUUCAUUCUUUUCAGCCAGUGGGCUGGACCCUUCAGUGUCAUGUUCACACCCCUUGACCGCUAUAGUGAUCGCAACCACCAGAUCACACGAUACCAGUACUGUGCUUUGAAGGCUAUGUCAGCGGUAUUAUGUUGUGGCCCUGUGUUUGAUAAUGUGGGCCUUUCUACGGAUGGAUACCUCUACAAGUGGCUGGAUAAUAUCUUGGCCUGCCACGAUCUCCGGGUGCACCGUCUGGGCUGUGAGGUUGUCAUCUUGCUCCUGGAACUGAACCCAGAUCAGGUCAAUCUGUUUAACUGGGCUGUGGAUCGCUGCUUCACUGGAUCAUACCAGCUUGCGUCCGGAUGCUUCAAGGCUAUUGCCACUGUGUGCGGUAGCAGGAAUUAUCCAUGUGACAUUGUGACCCUUUUGAACCUGGUGCUGUUUAAGUCAUCUGACACCAGCAGAGAGAUUUAUGAGAUAUCCAUGCAACUCAUGCAGGUUUUGGAGACCAAGUUGUCUGUUUACUCAAAGAGGAUUGUGGGGCAGAAACCAGGAAACAUCCUAUAUGGCACACAUGGUGCUUUACCACCAUUAUACAGCGUCUCUCUCUCCCAGCUCUCAAACCAACUGGCCUGCAUGUAUCCUGAACUCACCUUGCCUCUUUUCUCAGAAGUCAGCCAGAGGUUCCCCACCACUCAUCCUAAUGGAAGACAGAUCAUGUUGAGCUACCUGCUGCCGUGGCUGAACAACAUAGAGCUGGUGGACACUGGGCUGCUCCCACCGACCUCCAUCCCGUGCACCCCGGAGGAAGAGGCCAGAGAGCAGGCCGACAGCCUGGGAAUCACCCACAGGCUCAAGGGCAAUGGCUGGGGCUCUCUACAGGCCACCUCACUGGUCUUAAACAACCUGAUGUUCAUGACUGCAAAGUAUGGAGAUGAAGUGCCUGGUCCUGAGAUGGAGAACACAUGGAAUGCUCUAGUGACCAAUGACAAAUGGAGCAACAAUCUGAGAAUUACUCUGCAGUUCCUUAUAAGCUUGUGUGGAGUUAGCAGUGACACCACACUGUUGCCUUAUAUUAAGAAAGUGGUAAUAUAUCUGUGUCGGAACAACACCAUUCAAACUAUGGAGGAGCUGCUCUUUGAGCUUCAGCAGACGGACCCAGUAAACCCAGUAGUCCUGCACUGUGACAACCCACCUUUCUAUCGCUUCACUGCCAGCAACAAGACUUCUGUAGUGGCAUCAGGCACAACGUCUAGCAGUAACACGGUAGUGGCCGGACAGGAGAACUUCCAGGAGACAGAUGAGUCAAAGAUAUCCAGAGAGAAUGAAGAAAGGUUGAGCAAUGCAGUUCGGGCUCAUAACCGCCUGGAAUCACGUUAUAGCAACAGCUCAGGAGGUUCUUACGAUGAGGAGAAGAAUGACCCUCUGCCUCCGUAUGCCACCUGGUUAAUUAGUGUAUUGGAGAGUAACAGACCUCAGCCUCUUCCCAUGCCUGUAAAUGGAGGCUGUUGGGCCCCAUUGGUGGACUAUCUGCCCGAGACCGUCACCCCACGGGGACCCCUUCACAGGUGUAACAUAGCUGUGAUCUUCAUGACAGAGAUGGUGGUGGACCACAGCGUGAGAGAGGACUGGGCCCUACACCUACCACUGCUUCUUCAUGCGCUCUUCCUCGGUUUGGAUCACUACAGACCAGAGGUGUUUGCGCACAGUAAGAGGUUACUCCAGCAUCUUCUCAUUGCCCUCUCCUGCAACAACAAUUUCCAAGUCAUCGCCUCUGUCCUGUUGCUUACCAGAGAGAUCGGUGACAACAAAACUCUCACUGUUAAAUCCAGCUACGUGCCUGAAAACCCCUAUACAGGGGGGUUUGACUUCCUGCGGGAGUGGCAGGCAUCACCAGUGGCGGAUUCAGGACUGAGCUCAUCCUCCACCUCCUCCAGUGUGAGUCUGGGAGGAAGCAUUGGGAACCUGCCACAGAUCACUGCCGACCUGGAAGAGCUGGACGAGACCUCCGCAGAAUCAGAUGAGAAGACCAACAAACUCAUCGAGUUCCUCACCACUAGUGCAUGGAGUACUGUCCUGUCAUUACUCAGGGCUUUCGGACCGCUAUGGUGCCACGAAGACAUUACACCAAAGAACCCCAACUCUAAGAGCACUGAGCAGCUCACCAACUUCCUGCGGCACGUGGUGUCUGUAUUCAAAGAGUCCAAGUCCGAUUUUCAUCUGGAGCAUCAGCUGAGCGAUGUUGCCUUGCAGACGGCCCUCUGCAGUUCGUCCCGGCAUUACGCUGGCCGCUCAUUCCAGAUCUUCAGAGCCCUGAGACAGCCUCUCUCUUCUCACGCAGUGUCUGACCUGCUCUCACGUCUGGUGGAGGUUGUGGGGGAACAUGGGGAUGAAGUACAGGGUUACGUUAUGGAAAUUUUGCUUACUCUGGAGUCUGUUGUGGAUAAUUUAGCUGAAUGUCUGAACAACAGUGAACUGAUGGCAGCUUUAACAAGAGACUCAUCUCCUGACUUCCUGGUGAGUGGGAAACUUAACCCAAACCGUAAGAGCACAGGGCAACUGAACCUGCUUCAGGAGGGCGGGACGAACGAGCGGAACAGGCACCAACGCAGCUACUCUGUCCCCAAGAAGUUUGGUGAAAGCGGAGAAAACUCCUCCUCCAACCCACCUCGCAGUGCCACCCUGGACCGAAUCCAAGCCUGCACCCAGCAGGGUCUUGCCCGCUCCGCCCGCAGCGCAUCCUCCAACUCCACCCGUACUGAUGCCAGUGUUAUCACUGACCCCUCCCACUCCAGUCACCCCACCAACCUGCUCGCCACCAUCUUCUGGGUGGCGGUGUCGCUCAUGGAGUCGGAUUUUGAGUUUGAGUUUCAAAUGUCCUUGAGGCUGGUUCACAAACUGCUUGCACGGGUUCCGUUGGAUCUCCAGGAAAACAGGGAGAGACUAGAGAAGCUCCAGGCCCAGCUGAGAUGGAGUGGCUUUUCUGGACUGCAGCAACUGCUCCUGAAGGGAUUCACCUCUCCAGCCACAAACGAUCUUACACUGCAGCUGUUCUGUCAGCUCACACCUGUUUCACGAGUGCCGGUGGUGGACCCAUCGCAGGCUAUAGGUUUUCCUCUGAAUGUGCUCUGUCUGCUGCCUCACCUGGUUCAGCACUUCGGUAGUCCAACGCAGUUUUGUAAAGAAAGCGCGGAGAGGAUUGCACAGGUGUGUUUGGAGGAGAAGGAUAAAAACGCUAAACUGUCUCACCUGGCCCAUGUAAUGACCCUUUAUAAGACUCGCUCCUACACCAGAGACCCCUUCUCCUGGGUUAAUGUGGUCUGCCGCUACCUGCACGAGGCCUUCUCAGAUAUUACGCUCAGUCUGGUGACAUAUAUGGCAGAGUUACUAGAUAAAGGAUUACCCAGCAUGCAACAGCCACUGCUGCAGAUCAUCUACAGUCUACUGAGCCACAUGGAUUUGGCAGGAAUUCAGGUCAAACCUUUCAAUGUAGAGGUGCUCAAGACCAUCGAGAAAUUUGUACAGACUGUUCACUGGAAGGAAGCUCUGAACAUUUUGAAGCUGGUCGUUUCUCGCUCAGCAAGCCUUUCUCUACCAUCUUACACUCAUGGCGACCUGGGCCACCUGGAGGUUAGCCGCAUGAUGUGGGAUGGUUCAUCUAAAGCCCUGCCAGGAAAAACACUGGAAUUUCAUUUUGACAUUUCUGAGACGCCAGUUAUUGGACGAAGAUAUGAUGACCUGCAGGGAUCAGGAGGGCGAGAUGGGAAAGCCCGCGCAAUCGCAGUGACCCGCAGUACGUCCUCCACCUCUUCAGGGUCUAACUCAAACACUGUCCUGGUGCCAGUGAGCUGGAAACGGCCACAAUCAUCACAGACACGAACGAGAGAGAAGCUGGUAAAUGUUCUGUCACUCUGCGGACAGGAAGUUGGCCUCACCAAGAACCCAUCUGUGAUCUUCUCGUCUUGUGGUGAUCUGGACCUGAUGGAGCAUCAGCCCAGCCAGGUUUCCUCUGAGGAUGGAACCCGGGAGGACACACUAGAUGAUACCACAUCAGAGCAACAGUUUAGAGUCUUCAGAGACUUUGACUUCCUUGAUGUAGAGCUGGAAGAUGGAGAGGGUGAAAGUAUGGAUAACUUUAACUGGGGAGUGCGUCGGCGCUCUCUGGACAGCACAGACCUGACUGAGCUCCUGGAAGAGAGUCAGCACUCAGACAGCACCCCCUGCAUCGGCCUCCAUGACCCUCAGCGGGACUCCGAUGACUCCUCUGAGGAAGAGUCCAAUUCCACCAGCCAAAGCCUCUCCCACUCUCAACUAACAAUGAACCUGUCGCCAUCAGAGGACACCAAUCAAACGGACUCACUGUCCACUUCCUAUGACACCACAUCAGCUGAUCCAAACUCUCUUAAUGCUGCGACACCCUGCUUGGGAACAUCACUACCAGAUGACCAUAUCAUGCCACGUGUUUUGCCAGAAGAUGAAGACUCUAACAACUUGUCAUUCUGUGUAAGUGAGCUCCCAAUGAGGUUUGACUGUGGGUCCAGCACCAAUUUGGACCUUCCAGCAGACCAGGACCGCUCUGGAAUCAACCAGAACCCAAACUCCCUGCCCAGCUACCGUUUUGGGGAGGACCAAGAUGAUCUGGAUGAGCUGGGCUUUCCUCCUCCACCCUCCCCCUUCUUUUCUGCCAUCUUGGCAGCAUUUCAGCCCACCGUGUGUGACGACGCAGAGGAAGCCUGGCGGAGUCACAUCAACCAGCUGAUGUGUGACACAGAUGGGUCUUGCGCUGUCUACACCUUCCACGUCUUCUCUGCACUGUUUCAGAACAUCCAGAAUAAGUUCUGCUCACUGACCAGUGAUGCUGCCAAUUACCUUGGAGAGGGCCUGAGGGGAAUUGGUUCCAAAUUUGUGCGAUCAUCAGAGAUGUUGGCCAUUUUCUCCGACUGUCCCACUCUGUAUGUGGAUGCAGAAACGAUCGUUUCUUACGGGCUUCUAGAGAAGAUGAAGUUCAGUGUUCUCGAGCUGCAAGAGUAUCUAGACACAUAUAACAGCCGGGAGGAAGCAGCCAUCUCAUGGUUGCAGAACUGUAAAGCAACAUUUCCAAGUUAUGAUGGUGACGGUGUGAUCACAUGCCAACCUGGAGACUCUGAGGAGAAGCAAAUGGAAACUCUGGCUCAACUGGAGUUGUGCCAGAAACUGUACAAACUUCACUUUCAGCUACUCCUGCUGUUUCAGUCCUACUGUAAACUCAUUGGACAAGUGAACACCAUCAGCUCGGUGCCAGAGCUCUGGAACAUGUCUCGUGAACUGAGUGACCUGAAGAAUUGCCUGCGACUAGCAGAAGCCUCAUUAGCUGGUAAUGAGGAGGACCGGCAAAGGCAUGGCAACCAGCCCAGCUUCCCCAGCUCAGAAGCAGCUGUGCAGGCCAUCCUCGAGUGUUUGAACAACAACGAGUUCAGUAUGGCCAUUCGCUACACUCAAGAGUGCAGACGUUUGUGGCCAAAUGACAUUUUCGGUGGUGGCUCAGAGGACGAGAUCCAGACUCUCCUCUACGUCUACUUCCGGCACCAGACUCUGGGCCAGACUGGCACCUUCGCUCUGGUUGGCUCCAACAAGGACCUGUCAGAGAUCGGCACAAAGCUCAUGGAGCUCAACGGAGAGAUCCGCGAUAUGAUCCGCCACGCUCAGGGGUACCAGGUCAUCUCAUCCAGCCUCCUAGACUCCAGCGUUUCCGGCGUGAGUCUCUGACAGGAAGCCUGCAGCACCCUGGACCACCCCUGGCCUGGACCCCCCAAUCACUGGAUCCCCCCAUAGUCACUCAACCUCUCCUGCACCAUCCCACAUCCUGUGAUCCUCCACUCCAGCCACCCACUCCAGGCCAAUUCCAGUGCGACAUCUGGGAGUGCUGCUGCCCUUUUGAGGGUGUGUCUCAUAAACUUGUGCCCUUUUUAGGAAAACUUGCACGAGCAUCAUUGACUGUGUUGAACAGGAGGGGGCUCUUGAAAGUGAGUGUAUCUUCAAGUCCUCAGAUGUGCAGCAAUAAUGGAGAAACAGAAUUGCUCCUGCGUGAUUCCGUGGAUUGAGUCACUCAAGACACAUCUUUUACUUAUUGCACUAUGUUGACGUUUUCAUGUUGUAAACCAUGAGGGGAAAAAAGUCCUACUGAGAGCAAUGCUGCAUUUUGGACAGGAAGCGCCAAAGUCAGAACUUCUACUGCAGGCAUCUGCAUCUUUGUUGUUGGAAGGAUAAUUCACUCUAAAAUGAAAAUUUUGUCUAAUUUAAUAACCCUCAUGUUGCUGAAAUCCUGUUUGACUUUCUUCCGCUGAACACAAAAGAAAUGUAUUUAGGAAAAUUCUGAAUUCAAUAAAAAUUAAGCUAAAUCAACAGCAUUUGUAGCAUAAACAAAACAAUUAUCUUCAAAAAAAGCAAGAAUUUUGGUUGCAGUGAGGUACUUACAAUGGAAGUGUAUGGGGCCAAUUUUAGUAGAGUUUAGGCAGAAAUGUGACGCUUAUAAAUUGAUAAAAGCACUUACAUGAAUUCUUCUAUUAUAACUUGUGUAUUAUUUGAGCUGUAAAUUCGUUUAAAUCGUUGUUUACUGGCAUUACAGGGUUUAUGGUGUUACAUUGUCAUGGCAACAAAGUUGUAAAAUUGGAUGUAACGUUACACAGAAAUGGUUAUUAGAUGAUUUUAUCACACUCAAAUCGUGUUUAAACACAUUGUUUAUGUCUUGUGGCUUUACUUUUGAAUCAGUGAUGUUUUUGGAUUGACCCCUUUCACUUCCAUUGUAAGUGCCUUUGUGUAACCCAUCUUUUUGCUUUUUACUUCAAGACAAUGAGGAACAAGUCAAAAUAAAUUUUUGUGGUAAUCAACAUUAUUCUACAAAUGCUGCCGAUUGAGCUUAAAUUGUAUUGAACACUAAAUAUUCCUUGAAAAAAUAUUCACACUGCUUUUUGCCAAAUAAUGAAAGUCAAAAGUGAAUCAGGGCUGUAAAGCUCCAAAAUAGGUGGGAAUAAAUCUCACCACUAUAAACCCACAAUAACGGGAAUCAAUCAGGUUGUGUACUAAAUUCCAAGUCUUCUGAAGCCAUACAAUCACUAUGUGUGAUGAACAGAUUGAAUUUAAGUCAUUCACUCUCAAAUCAAAACACUGAUUAGCUAUGUAUGCAGUGGCCCAAAUCAACUACAGUGACUACAGCACUGGUUAGACCAAGUCUGGUCAAGACAUUUGCGAAUACUUUUUACGUUUUUCCUUCUGUGUUCCAUGGAAUAAAGUCAAUGGGUUUGGAACAAAAUUAGAAUGAGCAAAUAAUGACAGGUUUUUAAUUUUUGGGUGAACUACUCCUUCAAUGUGGGGAAUGUGCAAUGAUGGAUCAUUGAAAUGGAUGUCUUUCUACUGUAAUUGUUCAAGAAUGUCUUUAAAUUUCUGCUACCAGGACAUGUUGCACAGCUGGAGGUGGCAGAGAAGGACAUUACAGGAUAAGUCUGUAUGUCUUUGGUCAUUGUCACCAUAGUUGUAGCUAUUGGUUUAAAGGUGAGAGCUUUUGUCUUUGUGAAAGCUGUCCAUCACUGACGUAAUGCUAGAUAUCAGCUUCUACACCUGCUCAUAGAAACGCUGACAUUCAGCUAUUUGUGUUACUGCUGAAGCGGAUUCUAUUUCAAGUGCUUAUGAGAUCGUUUGGCUGUUUUUAAUCGAAGUUCUGCACUCUACUGCUCAUGUCUAGGGUAAAUUUGUAUUUACAAGUUCAGUGUGCAUCAAACAUGGUUUUGAGAAAUUGUUCUUUGUCAAGUUGCCAAGCAUGCAUUACUGUAUUUACAUUUGAAUUGUAUUUAUUUAUAAGUUGUAUUUUAUUAAAAUGUUUUGUAUAAAAGUGGCAGAAGGCAUCAUGUGAAGAUUAGUUUGUACUAGUGCAUGCUAAAACGGAUUGCACAUUAUAAAGCCUCUUUGUAAAACGUGUCUUUACUCCUCGCCAUGUAAAUACAAAGUGUUUGUGAAAUAAAUUGAUUUGUGC